UACUUAAAACGUGCGCGAGCUUCUUAUUUAACUAUGAGCGGCCAAACAGUUUUUAAAAUAAUGAAAACAAAUUAUUGAUUUUGUCACUGAGGAGCAUAAUCUAACCUCAAAUUCAAAAAAGUUAAACAGAUCAACACGUGUGACAAUUAUCUAAGGAAUCUUUUACAUAUGUACAAUUUUUAUUAAAAUUAUCUACAAUGUCAUUUUUUAUCAAGUCGAAGCCUGUUAACGGUCUUGCAAGAUUUUCCUCAGAUAACCGUAGAAAACGAAAAGCUGAACCUACAUCAAGUAAGAAUGAAGAAGUAACUAGUAGUGAAGAUGAAGGAGAUGACGAAAGUGAUCAUAAUCUUAAUGAACAGUCGUCUGAAGAUGAACAUGAAACCGCACAGGAGAAAAAAUUAAGACUAGCUAAAAUUUACUUGGAGGAAAUUGAGCGAGAAGAGCAAAGGAGGUUACAAGACAAGGAAGUCAGUAAAGAAAUUAUAUCAGAGAGACUAAAAACGGAUCAUUUGAAACAAAUCGGGAAGUACAGAAUUACAAUUGCUGAUAAGUAUCAAGGUGUAGACCAAAGUAAUUAUAAAAUUUUGAAAUGUCGUGAACAACAUAACACCAUUACCUGCCUCUGUUUAUCAUCAGAUGAUAACUGGAUUUUUUCUGGCAGCAAAGACGGAAUUGUAGUUAAAUGGUCUCUUAAAGAACAUAAAAAACUUGGAAUUAUCCCAUUUGUUAAAGUAAAUGUUGGCGAAGUUAAAGGCCACACAGGCUGUAUUUACAGUAUAGCAAUAUCUACAGAUACCAAAUUUCUAGUUGUUGGAGAUACUUCGAAUUUAAUUCAAGUCUGGGACCCCCACACUCUACAACAUAUUUCAACUCUAAAAGGACAUAAAAAACCAGUCACUGCUCUUUGCAUAAAACACAAUAGUCACACCUUGUACUCAGCCAGUAAUGACAGAUCUGUUAGAGUGUGGACUUUAGAUGAAAUGGCGUUUGUUGAAACAUUAUUUGGUCACCAAGAUGGUAUUACAUCAAUUGACGUUCUUAAUUCAGAUAGACCGCUCUCAAGCGGGGGCAGAGACGGCACUGUGAGACUAUGGAAAGUCAGUGAAGAGUCCCAAUUGAUUUUUAAUGCCCAUCCUGGGAAUAUUGACUGUGUUAAAUUGAUCAGUGACCAAUCUUUUGUGUCAGGAGGGGAUGAUGGACAAGUAAGUGUUUGGAGUUGCUUGAAGAAGAAACCUAUUUCAUGUGUUAAAGCGGCACAUGGAUUUGAUGCAAGCAACAAUCAACCGUUAUGGAUAAGUGCCGUUACAUCACAUGUCCACAGUGAUGUGAUAGCGUCAGGAUCACAUGAUGGUUUCAUUAGGCUUUGGAAGUUAGAAAAUAAAUUCUUACAAAUAACUAAAUUGUUUGAAAUACCAGUCACCGGUUUCAUAAACGCGUUGGCAUUCAGUUCAGAUGGGAAGACACUGAUCGCGGGGGUCGGGAGAGAUCACCGAUUGGGUAGGUGGAACACUGUUAAAUCUGCAGUAAAUAGUAUACACAUUAUAUCAUUGCAAAUAAAUGAUCCUUGAUUUAUACGUA